AUGGCGGGAGCCUGCAUUUCGCUUAAAAACUCUUCCACGUGUCCUGCUUUUGCCAAUUCCUCGAUAUCUACUACUAAGCCGCUCGUCGACCUAUUUCCGUUCCUUGCGUUCGUGUCGUCCGUUGAGGACUUUGAUAGAGAGCUGGGCACAUAUGUGAACCAUGACUUCGUGAAGCAUAAAUAUCAAAACCUUUUCGGUUGCUCUAACGUCAAACUCACAAACACGAGUUACUUUUACGCUCGAUAUACAACCAGUGUUCUUUGCAAUGGAAUUGUUCAGAAUUCGAAAGAUCCAUGUCGUCUGUCGGCAGAGAACUCGAAGCCAUUGUGCGCAGAUACAUGUGCGCUGUCCGCUACAAGUGCAGAAUUAAUUGUGGCAAACUCGGAUCUCUGUGGCACUCCAAAACGCAAUUUCAUGGACCAAAUACGAGCGGACUUCACUGUUUGCGCAAUUCCUGCGGAUUCUCUUACUGGGAGAUGUAUCUCUGGGAGCGAGAACGAACCAAAAGAAUGCGGCUAUGGCGCAAACCUGCUUGGUCUUUGCGGCUUUUGUGCGGCGAGCUCACCAAACUCCACGGAUUCAUGUUGCGUUACUGCCGACGCCCCAAAUCGGUGUCGCGGGAUUGAUCUACCUAAAGUGACUGGUUUACCACCUCUUUUCCCCACGUCGACAUCCAGCCCUAGCCCCUCACCAAGUGCGGGUUCCGGCCGUCUUUCUGGUGGAAAGAUUGCAGGUAUCGUGGUUGGAGCUGUUGCUGGUGUAGGUCUAUUAGCCGUAGCAAUCGUGCUCUUUUUCGUCUUCUGUCUUCGGCGAAGACGCAACCGCCAGCAAAGUGUUUUCAAUCAACCCCCACCCUCGCGAAAGGGGCCGGAUUCUGUUCCUGGCAGCAGCGGCAAAACAAAUGCAUACGAGGUUCUUCCUGGAGGACGUGUGGCUAGAAUGUCCGCUCUGCAGAGCAAUGACAGCUCGCCUCCACGUGCGGCAAAAUACGAUUCCUCGGACUCUGAGGUUUUCCCUAGCCCUGCCAGCGGCUCCAACCGACGACCUCCUGUGACGGGCAGGAGAAACGCGUCGUUGUCUAGCGCAUCCGCCCUUGCUGGUGAUCCCGACACAUCACCAGGGAGUGGUGGGCAAUUUUCUUCUCCAGAAGGUGUUGCAAGCGGUCAAUCCGAACAACUUCCAUAUUUUAGAGACUAUUACUCUCAAGAUGACAUUCAUCCUAACGACAAAGUUGCCGUCCUUUGGGCAUAUCAGCCUCGCGCAGCUGACGAGUUUGAACUUGAACGGGGCGAUAUGCUGAAAAUCGUGGGCAUUUGGGAUGAUGGGUGGGCGACUGGCGUUCGAAUCAAUGAGAAAGCUGAUGACUAUGAUCCGCAGCAUAAAGCCCAGCGUGAUAGUGGUGUUUCUAAUGGCACUGGACGACGGGAUUCGUCUCCGCCCGCAUCAGGCGAAAUCAAGGCAUUCCCACUUGUUUGCGUUUGCUUGCCUGAUCACUGGAGAAAAACCAUUGAAACAGAUAUCCAGACGCGAAUGAGCACGGACACUCAAUAA